AUGGAAGUGAUAUUAUCACCGGUAUGUUUGAAAUUUCGACCAAUUUGUGAUUUUCAUAACAAUCAAAAAAUGUUCAGUCAAGUCACAGUUAUAAUGCUGGCUAUAUUGCAUUUUCUGUCACAAAACCGUUUGAUUUACCAAGACAUCAACUGAACAUCUUGAUGGGUAACAUAUCAAUUUUGUCUGAUUAUUGAAAAAAAGAUAUUAUUUGACAGGAAUAUAUUGUGGUUUUUAUAUAACAACUAUAACAGUUGUGACAGUUCAAUUUGUCUAUCGAUAUUGGGUUGUGGUUCACAUUGAAAAAAUAAAAUAUUUCGAAGGUUGGAGGAACAUUUUCUGGAUUUCAUACAUUGUUUGUAUUGCGAUACUUUGGGGUGGUGGAAGUAACUACUACUUCGCAACUUGUGAUAAAUAUAGUGAAAAAUAUAUGGAAAAUGUUAUUUUUGAUUUUUAUAAAGUUAACACUUCAGAAAUUACAUGUAUUGGAAUUAUUGCAUAUGUAAGUUCUGAUUAAAAAUAAAACUAAAUAUCCAAAUAUUUUUGAUUGUAGGAUUCAGAUAAUAAUUUUCGAUGGUUCAAUUUAGCAUCAAUGUGGAGUAUAAGUGUGAUUAUGAGUUUGCAAUAUUGUAUAAUGCUUUAUUGCGGAAUCCGUUUACAUUUGAGUAUGGCUAAAUUAAUUGUGAAUUUAUCUCCAUCGCUCCAACGUUUGAACAAACAAAUGUUCAAAACUUUAGUGAUUCAGGUAUAUGUGAGCCAAGGAAACAAUGUUAUUUCGAAAAAAAAAUUCCAGAUUGUUGCACCAAGUGUUGUUUUAACAAUGCCUUUAACGGUCACAUUUUAUUUAACAUUGCUAAAUAUCAAAAUUAAUGUUCCAACUGGAAUAAUUCUUUGUGGAUUUUCGUUAUUCCCUUGCUUUGAUGCAUGUUUCUUAAUGUUUACAGUAUCUGAUUAUUCAAAUUGUUUUCGAAGUAACAGAAAAAAUUCUGUUACAAAAAAAAAUAAAUUUUUCAGGAGCUCGAAAUAAAUUAUCAGGCGUUUCAAAGGUCACAUAUUCUAUCGGACGAAACUUCUCAACACAAAUUCCACAUUCGGUGAACUAAAUGAUCUUUAUUUUGUGAACAAUGUUUUUGAAUAAUGAUUUUUCUUGAAAAAUCCAAUUAGUAUUUCUUGUUAUUUAUGUGAAAACACAAAAAAUGUAGUAUCAAACAAAUAAUACCAAGACGUCUGAUUUUUUGUUCUCAUAAAAUCAACGUGUUUUUCGAAGUGAUGUGGUUACAAUUAGCGCAUAUUGUUUCAUGUUUUUCAUUUUGUAUGACAUUAACAACUGAAACAAUGAUUAUUUUUUUGACAAUAUUUAUGGUGGAUCAAAAAAUGGGUAAUUACAAAAACCUUAUAAUCACAUUUUCAGUGAUCGGUAUUGUUUUUGCAUCAAUUGAAGUCUUGCUUUCGCCUGUUAGUUGUUUUCUCAAAUUUUAGAAUUACGAGAUAAAACAAAAAAUUUUCAGUCAAGUCACAGUUAUAAUGCAGGAUAUAUUGUAUUUUCGGUAUCAAAACCUUUCAACCUAUCGAAACUAAAACUCGACAAAGUUAUGGGUAAUUCAAUUAUUCUUAUUAAAGGAAACGAUAAAAAUAAAGUUUCAGCAAUUUACAGUGGAAUUUAUGCUUCAACGAUCGCAUUACUUGCAGUUCAAUUUAUCUAUCGCUAUUGGGUUGUUGUUCACAUCGAAAGAACACAAUUUUUUGAAGGCUGGAAGAAUAUUUGUUGGGUUUUAUAUGUUUUCAGUGUUGGGGCAGUUUGGGGUACUAGCAAUUAUUAUUUUGCAACAUAUGAUAAAUUUAGUGAGAAAUAUAUGGAAGAUGUUAUUUUGGAUUAUUACAAAGUGAACACUUCAGAUAUAACGUGUUUUGGAGUGAUCGCAUAUGUGAGAAAAAAUGAAGCAUUUUUUGAAACAUGGUUUUUUUUUAGAACUCAGAAAAUAAAUUCCGAUGGUAUAAUUUAACAUCAAUUUUUGAUAUGACUAUAUUAAUGUCCUUGCAAUAUUGCAUCAUGCUGUAUACUGGUGCUCGUUUACAUUUGAGUAUGAAUAAAUUUAUUGUUAAUUUAUCUCCAUCACUUCAGCGAUUGAACAAACAAAUGUUCAAAACUCUAGUCAUUCAGGUAAGCAAUAAUUUUUAGCAGUAUAAACGGUUAAAAAUGCUAUCAGAUUGUUAGUAAACCAGUAUGUUCUUUUGUUUUUUAUCUGAAAAGGUUUAAAUUUGCAGAUUGUUGCUCCAAGCAUUGUUCUUACUGUCCCUCUAACAGGCACUAUUUAUCUAACAUUACUAAACUUAAAAUUAAAUAUUCCAACUGGAAUCAUCCUAUGCGGUUUUUCAUUAUUUCCCUGUUUUGACGCAUGUUUUCUGAUGUACACAGUAUCCGAUUAUUCAAAUUGCUUCCGGAGUGAGUGAAAAUCAGCUUGAAAUUUGUAUCAGUUUCGAAAUUUUCAGAAGUUCGAAACAAAUUAUCAAACGUUUCAAAAGUCACAUAUUCUAUUGCCAAACAUGUUUCAACACAAAUGCCACAUUCACAAUCAGUUAUUUGA